AUCAAUUUUAAAUUGUAGAUUUUCUUUAAAAAAAAAAUUAUCAAAGCACAAUUCAUUUUCUAUUCAUUACUAUCUUCACAAGCAGAGUAUGUUAAAGGUUUCUUUUAUUUAUAUUAUACAUUUGAUCUUACUUUCACAGGUUUUUGCUACAGAAGCUAGCCAUGUAUUACUAGGGAAAGAUGCAGCUGUAAAAUGUGAAAAAUGGAAGGUAGAUUGCCCAAGACAAACCACCUGUGUCAUCUAUAUGAUGAUUUGGCAGUCAAAUAUAGAGUUAGAAAUACCAAUAUGCCUGAAGAAAAAGAAGGUGGAAAAGAUGCUACAAAAAGCAUUGGAAAAAGAUCUCUUGAUACAGACUCAGAGAUUAAAGAACUGAAAGAUCAAGUAAAGAGAUUAAAGAGACGGGUAGAAAAACUAGAAGAAAAGCGUCCUUCUUCGAGUAAAGCAGGAAAUGACACAACAAAUUGUUCUGAAAUGUCCGAUCCAAUUAAGUACAAUGGAUUUACAUUAAACGAGCUAAAACUAAGCAUAGAACAUGUGGAAUCAUGUCAACCCGCCAUUGAUAUUUUAUUGAGGAAGAUGUUUACCUCGGAAGAAAUAACAUCACAAUCUGUUACAGGAAAAAAACUUCUAAAUGUUCAUUUGCUGGUCCAAGGCCACCAAUGGACCAAACAAAACUUCAUGUUAUGAGUGACAUCUUGGGGGCUAAGUUUCAAGAAAAAUUCUCGAGAAAACUAAUGGUGGAAAAAAAUCAGAACGUACAAAAGGUGUUGAGAAAAAAAAAUUGUUAAGAAAGUUGACUUUCAGUUCAUUAAAACUGUAAUUGAAUUGA